AUGAGAAUUUUUCUCCUUCUCCCCUUGCUUGGGUUGGCAGUCUGGUUUACAAGUGCCACCCAAGUGGAACUAUAUAAAAGGAUAAUUGGAGGAAGGGACUGCAAUCCUGAUGAAGCACAGUACCAGGUGUUCUUGAAUGAUGGUCCUGUUGUUCGUGAUGAUGUUGAUGCUUGUGGAGGAUCCCUGCUGUCUUCCAAGUGGAUCCUCACUGCAGCACACUGCAAUUUUAAAGAUCUGAAGCUGUACAUUGGCAUCCGUAACACUGAUGACAUAAAAAAUAAUAAUGUUCAGCCUGUUGAGGUCGAAAGAAAAAUACAACAUCCAAAAUAUAAUGCAAAAAAAUUUCUCAAUGACAUCAUGCUGAUCAAGCUGAAGAAUGAUGUUCCAAAUCCAAAAACUGUAAAACUACCAGCUAUAUGUGACCACUACCCUGAGGUUAAUGUUCCAACAAAGAGAGACCUUCUUGUCGCUGGCUGGGGAAGUCUUGGAGAGAAAAAAGUCCCCAAGUUCCCUGCUAAGCUCCAAUGUGCAGAAAUCCGACAUGCAGUGUGUCCAAACAUUGACCCAAAAAUCAUUGCUGAUGCCUUUUGUGCUGGAGGUGAAAGGAAGAACGUAGGAUGUGGUGAUUCUGGUGGAGGUGUGGUGCGUACAGCGAGAAAUGAGGUGUAUGGAGUGGUCAAAGCUGGCUGUAGUGACCAGGAUCCUAGUGUAUUCACAAGCGUGUGCUCCCAUUUGGACUGGAUUAAAAAAGAGACCAAGCUGUAACAGCAAUAAUAAAUAAAAUGAUCAGAGAUCAGCACUAAGAGCAAACUGAAUCUCAGCCUCCUCUUUUGUCCCUCAGUAGUAUGU